AAAAUAAUGGACUGCCCUUCAAUGCUUCCCAAAAACCUUAAGAAAGAGCUACUAGAAAUGGUUGAAAAAACAAUGAUGUCAGAUUCCUCCCCCAACGAGAAAGCAAACCCCGUUCCGUCUGAACUUAGUGAUACAUUUAGCUCCGAUCUAAAACCCCAACCAAAAUCACUUUCUCAAGAGCCGAAAUCGCCCAAAACCGUUCCUAAAAAGCCAGAAACCCCCAAAUCCAUUCCUAAAAAGCCCAAAUCGCCCAAAAAGUCAAAAUCUCCGAAAACCACACCCACAAAACCCAUCAAAAGGACCCUCCCCGCUCCUCUAAUCUCCCGCUUACACCAGCUCUUCAGCCUCCCUACCAGAGGCAGAGGUUUCCGUAUCAAGCCAAACAAAAACAGCCGAGCUGCUUACUGAAAGCCCACUUCAAAAUACUUAAAAGCCUUCCAGGAUUUCAUAAGCGACAUGAACCAAACCUGGCAUCACAAUCUGAAGCAAUGGUGCGUUAGUCACAAACCCCAAGAAGCCAGAAAUGACCUCUCUUUCAGCAGAAAGUCCCAGGAAGAUUACAGAGAAAACGUGUUGGUCCUGGAAAACCCUGAAAUAUUACUCAAACCUAGUCUAAACACAGCUGAUGAGGGGAAUGACUCUGAAAUGGUAGGCUCUGACGAGGCUGAGGAUACCUCCAGAGGCCUAAACAGACCUUGACGCUCCCAGAUCGUGAAGAUAGGGUUUAUACAGACACAAAAGUAA